AUGGACAGUUCAGAUCUAAAGUCAAUAAGUAACGAUUCACGCUGCGUAUUUUUCAGCACAUAUUCAGACGAUUAUCGAUGCAUGGUGAUUUUAAUUGUAAAGCGAGCCACGGGAACCUUCUCCUUAGUAGGAUGCGUAUUCAUGCUGUUUGUAAUCUGGCUGCUUCGCAGGUAUCACUCUUUGGCUCAGAAGAUGAUUCUCAGCCUGACUGUAGCCGCCUUCUUUGACAGCGUAGCAUAUGUCAUGGGUGAGUCCCACCCAGAGGGAUCUCUUUGUGAUUUCCAAGCCUGGUGGCUAACAUACUUUGACUGGAGUGCCUUGGCUUGGGUUUGCCUCAUCACACUAAACCUCUACCUCAACCUGGUCAGAGAAAUAAGCACCAUCAGAUAUGAAAUGUUUUACCAUCUGAUGGCAUGGGGGGUACCUUUGGUCAUGGCCUCACUGCCGCUGUUCAAGGGUUACUAUGGCCCCGCAGGAGCCUGGUGCUGGAUCACAGACGAUCACGUAGCCUGGAGAUUUGGGAUAUGGUACGUGCCUCUUUUCAGCCUCAUCUUCCUGAUGAUCUGCUGCUACGCCAGGAUCAUCUGCGUGGCCAAUAAGAGAAUGCAGUCAUGGCUGGGAACUUUCAACCCGGAGAGAGAGAGGCGCAAGGUUUCCUUGGCAGAGGAGAUCAAGCCGUUGAAGUGGUAUCCCUCCGUUUACCUGCUCGUGUCCAUCUUUCCCCUCAUCAACAGGCUCCAUAAUGCCUUCUACCCUCAGGCAUCAUCCUUCUCCCUCACGCUUUUGCACGUCCUGUCAGCCCCACUCCACGGCUUGGCCAAUGCCUUUGUCUUUGGCCUGGAUAGGGAUUGGUGGAGCCUACUGAGCCCAACUGGCAUGAAGCUGGCUCUGCAGUCACGGCUCUGUGACAGAACAAGGAUCGGAGAGUACUACCCCGGAGCGGUGCGCUACACACAGGCUGACCUGGCUGACCUCAGCGAUGACGAUGACACCAAUGUGCUCUUCUACUCUCCUGACAUGACCCUGAAAGACCGAGGGCCCUGAGAGAGCAGGAGAGAGAGAGGGAGGGGGAGACAAAAGAGAUGGAGUGAAGGAACACAAAGGAGGGUCACAGCCAGAGAGAAACGCUGCGGAUUAGAAACUGAGAGGGAGGAAAAAGAGGUAGGCAGGGAAUGGAAGGGAAGAUUGUGGGGACAGUCAGGCAGAUAGGAGCCGGAGAUGAGCUGUCAGGUUCCAUUAUUAAUCCCCAUCCUUUACUAUUUAAUAUCCUAAAGACACACACACCACACAUACUGAACAGAGCUCCAGCUCCCUGCAUUACUACAAGAGAAAAGCAAGGAUAUGGGGCUGUAAAGAUCCUCCCAGUGUUAAAGGCAUCUGCUUCUUCCCAAAGGUCUUGAAAUGAUUUCCCUCUCUGCAUCAUAUUCUGUAUGUCUGCAGGAUUUUGGCAUGCCAGAACAAAAAAAUGGAAAAAAAAAAAAAACAUAAGGACUGCUGAAAGGCAAUCAUAACAAGGUGUUCCUUUAGCAUUCUCUUUUCACGUCUCUGCAGGAGAUUAGUCGAAAAGCAGGCCUUUAAAAUGUAUCCCGUGAGUCUGACGUGAAAGCAUCUACAUCUAAACCGAGAUUGAUCCCAGUGAACAAUUUUCUUGCC